AUGACGUACGGUGUUGCUCACACGACUGUCGGGAGAUUGGUGCUGAGGAGCAGAUUAGAGUGUAGGCGAAUCACAGCGCUCAGAUUAGCGGAUUUGCCCAGAGGUGACCGGCAGUCCAGGCAGAUGAUGACGGCCGUGCCAAGAUUUAGUGGCUACCCACUCUCACACGUGUACCCGGGGGAGAGUGAGACCGAGGUCAGUGUGGGGUCGUCACCUUUGCCCCCAGAACACUUGGCGCUCUCCUUAAAACUUAGUCCCUCGCACACUCUAUCCGAAUACAACGCGGGCACGGCUCUUGCAGCCUCCUACCAGUCUUAUUCGGGCUUCAGUGGGAGGGAGCUCCUCGCCCGGCGGGAUUUCUCGACAGCUUCCAUGCCCGUAGUGCUGGACCAUCCCCCGGGUGCCGGUCUAGUCCAGGGCGCAUUUGGCAAGGCCGAACGAAUGUACCGCGAGUGUAGUGGCCGCGCCAGGAGUGGGGGUCACCCGUUCAUCCCUGCCUUUCACGAUCAGAGCACCAGGGCGGUCAAUGAGCAGAUCCCACUGGGGGUAUCAGGGGGCCUGAUCGGCAGGUCACGCCACUACCCCCCAGUGACGGGAGCAAGCGGCGAGAAUUACUUCUCCUCGCUGCUUCAGAACUACAGCCCGAUCAAUCUGAGUUUAUCUGCUCACGGCGGCUCCACUCCGUUUCUGAGAUACCUGAAGCCCAUUAAACGGGAGCUAGUCUGCAGGUGGAUCUGCCACGAGCCCAUGUCCAAGGGCUGCUGCUCCCGGACCUUCGUCAACAUCCAGGAGUUGGUGGCUCACCUGGCGGUGGAGCACGUAGCGACGUCCGGGCGCCUUUCUCAUGUUUGCUGCUGGGAGAACUGUGCGAGGGAAGGGAAGGCCUUCAAAGCCAAGUACAAACUGAUCAAUCACGUCAGGGUCCACACCGGCGAGAAACCAUUCCAUUGUCCGUAUCCCGGCUGCAAGAAACUGUUCGCCCGCUCAGAGAACCUGAAAAUACACAAGAGGACACACACAGGUGAGAAGCCUUUCAGGUGUGAAUUUGAGGGCUGCGGAAGAAAGUUCGCCAACAGCAGCGAUCGAAAGAAGCACUCCCACGUCCACACCAGCGACAAACCCUACAUCUGCAAAGUCAAGGACUGUGAGAAAUCGUACACGCAUCCUAGUUCCCUUCGGAAACACAUGAAACUGCACUGUAAGCCUACGCCCCCGACGAAUUAUGAACGCGACACUUUCACCGGGGGUUUUUAUUCGGACACAGAGAGUGAUUUUUCUGUAGGAGAUGUUGUUUCCUUCCAGCCCAGUGCAUCUUCUCUCCAUCGUUCCGAGGACAAAUCCGUUCCAGCGCCUGUGUUGGGCUCGCUGCCUUCCACAAGAAUGAACAAGUUGGAUGCGUCGACCAAGACUAGACCCGGAGUCCCCUUAUCUCCCAUAUCCACAGUCCUAACCGGAGACGGAGUUACUCUGGUUCAAUCCGAUUGCACUUCUGUCCAAUUGGCUUCCAACCCGCUGGGGAUAAAAGUGGACCCGUCCACUAGAAUCAAAGCUGGGGCACCUCUCGGCAGGUUUCCCGCUGGUCUGUGUGAAUUCGGAAACCAGCUGACUUCACCUCAGCCGGACAUGCGUGCUCCUUCUAGAUGGCCGGAAGGUAGAAUGAACUUCAUGCCCUUGAACGGUUCUGACUUCAGAGUGGAUUCUAUCCCUUCCAUUCGACUACUGCCACCUCCCCCACACCGACCGGACGGCAGGCUCGGUACCACCUUGCGCUCCAACGGGGAAGGUCUCGCCUGCGGGACACAUGGAGUAGCGGACGGGCUCCUAAAUGCGUGGUAUACCUGCCAACGGCGGAACAGAAGCAACUGUGUAAAAACUCUGAACCAGGACUGCCCGACAACGCAAGAGGAUGUUAAGUUUGUUAAGUAUGUAGAGGAUUGA